UAUGAAUUAUCCUUUUUUCAUUUUUUAUAUUAGUAUACAACACUCUAUCUUCUGACUACAUAUUUUUCAUUAGUUAUCUCCCGGUCCUGGAAACCUUCUUAUCCCUAUAACCUCUUUUUUAUCUCCUUUCAAAUCUUAGGUGAAGUCCCACCUUAUUCAAGAAAUUUUUUCUAGUCCUUCUUAAUCUUGGUGCCUUUUCUGAGAUUACUCUCAAUUUAUCCUCUAUCCUCAGCACUUAGCACUUAGUAGGAGAUAAUUAACAGUUUACUAACUACUGGCAAUUUUUUUCCUCUUUCCUCUUUCCAUUUUAAAAAGUAAAUUAGCUAAUGGUUCAUGUAUUUUAUUAUUAUAUUUAUUAUUUUUUAAGUCUAAUUUUUAUAACUUCAAUGGUUUUUUGCUUUGCUUUAUAUUAGUUAUGCAUACAAUUAUAUGUAUAUUUAGAUAAUGAUAACAACCCUAUAUAGAAAAACAAAUUUGGAAAAUUUGGAACUCUGAUCAGUACAGUAAUAAACCCUGGGUAGAUGAUGAGUAGUUUUUUUCCUUGUUUUUACUUUGCUCUCUUUUUCUAAUACAUGUGUAGUUUUCUUUCAUGAUUUUUUGAAAUAUGUUAUCCAAACCAUUUCUUUUCUGAUCAUGGUUUUCAAUUAUUCUUUUUAUUAAAGAAAUGUUCAUUGAUACCUUCUGUUUUUUAAACAUAAUUUUGCCCAGUGUUUCUCUCUCUCCCUGAGACCUAUCCCACAUAACAAAUUAUAUAUUUAAAGUGCUAAAGAGAUAAAAAAUCAGAAUAAUUGAUCAAUGUUGCAAAAGUAUGAAAAUAUAUGUAAUAUGCCACACUUAUGGAGCCUAUGGAAAGAGUGGGAAUGUGGUCUCUUAUUCUUUCCAGUCAUGCUUGUCCUCUAUUUGCAACAUUAACUUCUUUUCCAUUUCCACUGUUACAGUAAUUGGAUAUAUUGUUUUCUUAGCUCUAUUUAUGCCAUUCCAUAUUAGUUUAUGUAAAUAUUUUAAUGUUUCUCUGAAUUCAUCUCAUUCAUCAUUUCUUAUAGCAUUCCAUCAUAAAACAAUCAUUUGCCACAGUUUAUUUAUUGAUUUCCCAAUUAAUAGGCAUCUACUUUCCUUUCAAUUCUUUGCUAUCAAAAAUAUGCUGCUAUAAAUAUAAAUAACACUGAGGACUCACUGCUCACCUAAGUGCCAAGAAUUAGAUCUUCUUUAAGGAAUCAAAAUGGCCACACUCAAGUCCUGGGUGAGUCUGAGUUCCCUCCCUAUUGGACUAAAAUAAAAAAAACUGGCCUUUGUGACCCAGCAUUGAUUCUCAUAGUGAUCAUGGAGCUGAGAUAAAAAUACUUCCUCACACUCUGAUAUCCUGAUUGGUAUCUUUUUUCAUUUCUUCCAUUUAUUCUUUUGUCCUUCAGGCUGAGUCAUUUUCCCUCCUGAGGCUCUGCUUAUACUUGUUGUGGAAUCAUACUUUUUCCCUCCCUGAACUUAUUUCUUAGGCAUCUCUUCACCCAUAACAUUUCUUCACAAUGUUUGGCAUCUUCUAUUUAUUACCUUCAGGAGAUCAGAGUAAAUUUGACCUUCUGUGUCAGGGCCAGGCUCUGUACCCUUCAGUAUUUUGGAUACAGGUACUCAGGUCUUGUUUGGCCUUGAUCUUAAUUUCUUUGGCUCUUGGCACUUGCUUUUACUUCUCCUGGUAUGUCAGUCUCUUAGCUCUGGACAACUUCAUGUCCCUUUGGUUUAUUCUGCACUAUGGCUAUCAGGGCCUUUGGGAGAAUUUUCAGUUUACAUGUCCAAAGUUCAGCCACAUGUCCAAAGUUAAAGCACUGAGGAUUUCUAACCUUACCCUGAAUCUUCAUCAGAGUACUCAGGGUACUCUAGAAGCAGAGUGUUAUAAGCUUCAGGUACCCAUAGAGCACCUUUAGUUAGAGCUUUGACAGAUAGCCUAUCUGUUUACCUGACCUUUCACUGGAUUCUUUUUUCAAUGUCUGCAUAAUUCUGGCUAUCUUUCUAUGCAAUGCUGAGGGGCUGAAAUGCUUGAUAUUAUCUCUCUCUGGAUUUUAGAAUUAUUUGUCAAUCUGGUGUCCUUAAAUCUUUGCUGGAAUACUUAUAGGAGGGCUAAGCUCCUCUACAACCACUAAAGGUGUUAUCUGUAAAAAAUAGACUCGAACUCUGGACUUCAAUCCCCAGAAGUCCUUGCUCCACUUCCCCAGAAUGCUUUGAAUUCUCACAUGGGCCGAGAUUGAGAAGGUAUUUAACCUGAUUGCAAAGGUUUUUGAGCUCUGUCUCUUUUGGACUUCCGUUUUGGGGCAGAUGUGGCUCUUUCUAUAAUGUAGGUGAGGUCUUGUCUAGGCCUCUCUGGCCUAGGCAUGUUUUCCUUAUCCUGUAUUUUCUUUAAUCCUUAAUCUUCAAUAAACCUCUAAAAAUAUAAUACUCCUUGCAGAGCGAAACUAAUUUCUACCUGCCACAGUCUCCCCUAAAUUUUAAUCUUUACAUAUCUUAGUUGGGAGUCCUCCCUAAUGAUAUUUAAAUGAGAAACCAAUUCACUGAUAUCAAAAAAGGGGAAGAUAAAAUAGGUAAAUACAAUAUGAAGAAAAAAGAAACCUCUCUUCUAUAGUUUUCUUUUUCCCAUAAUAGAAACAUAUUAUUUCACUAAAGUCUAUGCCUUGUACUGGCAUGGAAGUGACCCUUUAAAAGAAUAAACUCUUUCAGGCCCUGUUAAGCUGGAAAAGUUUUGAGAAUGGGUCCUGCAACAAGUUAUGUUUCUGUCAUCUGAGGGCCAGCCAAAGUACAUUGGCACCCCACUCCAACAGGCCCAUUUUAGUAGAAAUUUUUCUCAGAUCAACUCAGACUUGGUGAAUUUGGGAUACAGAGGAUAAUAAUAUAAUCACCAUUUAAUGAUGUUUUGGGAGUUCUCACCAAUGUCCAUGGACUAAUUUUUGAAUAUCAUAAGAUAGUUUGAAUUCUAGGCAUAUUUUAAGAUGAGAUUAGAAGGAAUAACAAUGAAUAAUGAGAAAAAUCUCAAAGAAUAGAAAAAUUCUAUCAGUGAAAUUUUAUUUAUUUUUUGAACCCUUACCUUCCAUCUUGGAAUCAAUACUGUGUAUUGGAUCCAAGGCAGAAGAGGGGUAAGGGCUAGGCAAUGGUGGUUAAGUGAUUUGACCAGGGUCACCCAGCUGGGAAGUUUAUGAGGCUAGAUUUGGACCUAGGACCACCCCCUACCCCCCCACCCCACCCCCGAUUCUAGGUCUGGCUGUCAAUCCUAUCAGUGAAAUUUUCUGCUAUAGGUAUCUGGUUUCAUCCAUUUAGAGAAUCUGAAAUUUCCCUUUUGAACACAAAAUGACUUUUAUUCAUACUUUUAUUCUUUGGCAAGGAAAUCAAAGUUGAUAAUUUGAGGUAUAUUUCCAUCACUAAUAUUAAUGAUUUUUCUUUUAUGAUACUGAAAUACUUGAAAAUUAUGUAAAGACUCUAAAUCUUAUCUGGAACCUAGAUCUUUUUUCUAACUUCAUUCUGUGAGUUUUUAUGCUUUUAAAAAUAUUUACUUUGAUGUCUACUUGUUAUAGCAGAUCUGCAACAAGUUUUGGCUACAUACAAUGUUUUUUGUUACAUAUAUGUGACAAGAUUUCACUAUUGCAUUCUAAGAAUACAAGAAAUUACAUAUGUGCUAUAUUUGGCUUAAUAAAUGAUCCAUCUAUGUUAUUAUUAUCUUUAAUAAUAUCACGGAUACUUCCAUGGGGAAGCACGAGAUAGUUCAGGAAUAGUAGCAUCAUGUUAGACUAAGAAUCAACAAAGACUAGUCUUUGGCAAAUAUAGUCAGUUCUAUAACUCAAAAUAUGUAUUCCAAAAAUCACAGCACUAUACAAUAAUACAGAAUAAUAAUCAGAGGGCUUAUGAGGAAAAUGAGGUUGGGGCAAAACUUCAUCAGUAACAGAAAAAAUAGGAAUUGUAAAUGGUUUAGUCUUUCUUAGCACUGAUUUCUUCAUCUAUAAAAUAAGAGAAUUGUAUUAAUUAUAUCUCUAAUCCCUUCUGGCUUUAAAAAUUCUAUACUAUAUUUUAGUAGUUACACCUACCUCUUCCCAUGUCAACAAAAAAUAACCUUUAAAUAUAUAGAGUCCAUUGUAUCUACCCUUAUCCAUAUCUAUCAAUCAUUUGUGAAUCCGUGUUUAACCAUUUAAACCAAAAUAUUUUCAACUUUUAAGUGUAAUUAACAACAAACUAUCAAGUUCUUCCUUGUUGAAAGAGUGGGUUUAAGAAGAUCUUUAAGUACAUGAGUUCAGAAACCAUGGAAAUGACUGAAGAGAAGUUGUACAAUACUAUUAAAGUAAAAUAGAAAUGUCUCCUUCCUUCAACCAAUUUUAACAGUAUAUACUUUGGCUGUGUGAUCUUGAGUAAGUCAUUUAACCUCCAUUACCUAGCUCUUACCCAUCUUUGGCCUUGGAACCAAUAUAUAGUAUUGAUUCUAAGAUGGAAGGUAAAGCCAGCCUUUCCUAUAGUUUUUAAAGAAGAGUAUAUACUUUGAAGUAGUGUUUGUUGGGUAGCUACUGGAAAAUGUCUGUUGUAUGAAAAAGUACCAACAAAUUUUUUAAAAUAGAGAGAAGGUUCAUUAACAUGAAUAUUGAAGUCUCUAAGGAUGAUGAUAGGGAAUGGGGAGGACUGGAAGUAUUAAAUUCAGCUACGCUCUUUGUGGUGGCAAAAAAUUGGAAAAUGAGGGGAUGCCCUUCAAUUGGGGAAUGGCUGAACAAAUUGUGGUAUAUGUUGCUGAUGGAAUACUAUUGUGUUCAAAGGAAUAAUGAACUGAGAGAAUUCCAUGGGGACUGGAACAACCUCCAGGAAGUGAUGCAGAGCGAAAGGAGCAGAACCAGGAAAACAUUGUACACAGAGAUGUACACUGUGGAACAAUCGAAUAUAAUGGACCAUUGCCAUUAGUGGCAAUGCAACGACCUUUAACAACUUGGAGGAACCUACAAAAAAACCCACUAUCCACAUCCAGAGGAAAUGCAGUGGGAGUAAAAACACCAAAGAAAAACAGCUGCUUAAUUACAUGGGUUGAAGGGAUAUAGCUGGGGAUGGAGACUCUAAAUGAACAUCCUAGUGUAAACAACAACAUGGAAAUAGGUUCUGAUCAAGGACACAUGUAAUACCCAAUGAAAUAGGGCAUUGGCUUUGGGAAGAGUGGGUGGAGGGGAGGGAGGGAAAUAAUGUGAUUAUUGUAACCAAGGAAUAGUGUUCUACUUAUUCAAAUGGAAAAACAAAACCAAAACCAAAACCAAAAAAAACCCUUCAAGACUUAAAGAAAAAAGAAAGUAUUAAAUUCACUGAAUAUUUAAGAGAAUGAGCUAAAUAUCAACAUUAAAGCUCUAACUUCAUAUAUGUCUCAGUUCAAUUUUUGGAGCUUCUUCAUUAACAGGUAAUAACACAACCCCCCUUCUGCCCCCCAUCUAAGAGUUCCUCUGGGAACAUAUAAAUUUGGUCCAUUUCCAGCUCUCAUCUAGGUAUCUUCAUUUCCCUUGAAAUAAGUGGAAUGAAAAUUCAUGAAACACUACAUACCUAAUAAGGAAAGAGUAAGAUCCUAUUAUAUUCACUAAAUAUUCACUGAGCCCCUACUGAUUGUUUAGUUUUUGUGCUAGGCACAAAAGGGCUACAAGGCAAGUGAAACAGUUCCUACCACUUUAUUAUAACAAAGUUCUUUAUGGUCAUGCAUAGUUAUUUAUAGUUACAAUGUAUUUUCACAUACAUGAUGUUAUUUGAGAAUUUUCUUUUAAACUUGUAAGACUGGAAUAGCCAACAUAUUUAGAAUGUUUUAGGGUUUUCAAAUGCACAUACUUUGGGGGCAGUUGGGUGGCUCAGUGAUUUGAAACUCAGGCUUAGAGAUGGGAAUUCAUGGGUUCAAAUCUGAUACCAGAUACUUCCUAGCUGUGGGACCCAGGGCAAGUCACUUAACCCCCAUUGCCUAGUCCUUACUGUUCUCCUGCUUUGGAAUUGAUACAGAGUAUUGAUUCUAAGACAGAAAUCAAGAGUUAUUUUUUAAAAAAUGUUAUUUAUGCUUGGGAGAAAGUACUACAGGAAUUAUUUCUCCUAUGUGACAGAUGAGGACUCUAAGACUCGGAGUUUAUAUGUUUGGGCUCCGGUCACACAAUCAUUAUCAGUCAGGAAUGGGAAUUUCCUGAUUUCAAGUCUAUGACACCAUACUGCCUUUCUGCAUUGUAGUUACAUCAAGAAUUGUUAUAUUUAUAUUAAAGAUGAUGCUCAAGGAUGUGAUAUGUCCAAGGUGGCAUACAACUAUUUGUAGCUGUCAGGACAAGAGUCUGAACCUUCUGAUUCCAAGUUUGGUAUUCUUUUUCCAUAUUGUAUUUUCUAACUGAAAGAGAGUGGAUGAAAAAAAAUUAAUUAAGUAGUUACAACAUGGCAGAGUAGAGCUGGCCUUCAAGUCAGAAAGACUUGGGUUCAAGGUCUGCCUCACUAGCAUUAUGACCCUAUGUAAAUCACUUACUUUUUAGGACUCUAGGCAAAUUCUCCAAGAUAAAAACUUGCAGAAAAAGUGCUCACCUUCAAUAGUAGUUUCUUCCUCUGGGAAUUCCUUGGAUUAAUAAAAUCACAGGUCUCAUCCCUACCUUAACCCUAGGUGCCAAGCACUGUGCUAAACUCUGGGGAUAGUUAUUAUAAAAGUGAGGCAAUCCCCUUACCACCAAAAGAAAAAUAGUUGAAAACAAGAUUAAACAUAAAACUGAGGAAUUAAAACUAUUGAGUUCAGGUAAGGAAGAAUUACAGUAACUGGAAUAAUCACAGAAGGGUCAUGGAAGAGGCUGGAUUCUGAGCAUGGGAUUGAAAGACAAACAGCUGACUAUCUGGAGAAGAUAGGAAUAGCAUUCAAAGUAGAAGAAACAGUAAGUAUGAACCUGUCAUCACUGAAGGACUAUCAAGGAAGAAAGUAUCCUAGAAGAGUUUUCACACUAGAGAAUGGUGGUAUUCUAGAUGGAAAGGUUGUGAGCAUAGAAUUACUAAAUGAUGAAUAAUAUGGUGAAAGUGCUGUUUUAAGCAGAAUAAUUUGGCCACAGGGUGCUUGAUGGAAGGGAAGGAAACUGAUGGGGAGACAGGUUAGGUGGCUAUUGUAAUAAUCCACAAGUGAAGUAAUCAAGGGCUGGAUAUUGUAGAUGUGACUCUAAAACUAGGACUUCUCUAUUCAGGACUGAUUUUGAGAUAAAAUGAGUCACUAAACACUUAACAAUAGAGGUUUAGGGGGCAGCUGGGUGGCUCAAUGGAUUGAGAGUCAGGCCUAGAGAUGGGAGGUCUUAAGUUUAAAUCUGGCCUCAGAUACUUCCUAGCUUUGUGACCCUGGGCAAGUCAUUUAACCCCCAUUGCCUAGCCCUUACCAUUCUUCUGCCUUGGAGCCAUUACAUAGUAUUGACUCCAAGAGGAAAUGUAAGGGUUUAAAAAAAAAAUAGAGGUUUACUUUGCCCUAACACAGUAAAGAUACACAGCAAAGGUACAGCAGGACUUAUUUUCAGCUUUAGUAAACACAGCUUCCCUUGGGAAACAGGCCUAAUCAUAAUCUUAGGCCCCUACUAAGUUUGAAACUAGAGCCCAGAAAGCUUGUGUUUUUAUUGGUCUUAGGUUAGGAAGCCAUUUAUCUAUCCUUCUUAAAAACCCUAACCUUCUGCCAAAGAAUUACUGUACAUUGGUUCCAAGGCAGAAGAGUGGUAAGGGCCAGGUGUCAAAUGCCUUGUCCAGGGUCACACAACAGUGUCUGAGAUCACAUUUGAAACCAGAACCUCCUGCCUUUGGGCCUGGCAUUUAAUCCAGUGAAUCACCUAGGUGCUCCCUAAGUAAGGCCUGAGUGCAAAUACUACCAAAGACAAGUUACUAGCUGAGGGAUCCUGGGCAAGUCACUUAACCUCUCGGCCUAAGUUUCUGUAUCUGUAAAAUAUAGAUGAAAUCAGUUCCAAUCUAGAAGGGUUGUUUUGAAGAUCAAAUGAGAUUAACAUGUGCAAAGAGCUUUGCAAAACGUUACAGCAUUGUAAGCGUUAUGUAAUAAAUGCUAAGCCCAUUAUUAGUUAUGUACCUACACCUUCCAAUAGUGCCUAGCACACACCGUCACUGAAUAAGUGCUUGUUGAAAGGGCCACUUCCUCGAUCAAUUCUGGGUGGGAAAGAAAAAAAAAAUUUGCUUCCUGGUACCGCACCAGGAUACGGGGCUGGGACGCGUAACCUUUGACCUCAGAUGCGGUGAAUUUUCAUUUUUAGGCCUAGGGAGCAGCUUCAUACUGCGAGGCCUAGUCUAUACCUGUCCCGAUGAGAACGAAGUCAAAUUGACCCUGGUUCGUCCACGCCAGAGCACGCGCUUUCCCUUUUUCGCUUUGUUAGCGGCGCCCCGCCGGACAGCACGCCCUAGCUACCCCGCCGGGUCAGUCCUUUCCGUGUCUGCACAGCAGCCAGGGGUUCUUCCGCCUACGUCACCGGCUGGUCCGACCAAUCAGGGGCUGGCAGAUCACCGCUCCCUCGCUGCAGGCUUGCCGCUGCCCCACCUCCCCACGAUCCCCCCCCCAACUGAGCUCCACUGGGAGACGGAAAGCAUCCCGGCUGGCGGCGCAGGCGCGAUAACAGAGAGGUCCUCUCCGAUAGUAGAGCGCGCACUGCUUGUCGACCGAGGAUGGUGCUGGAGAGCGUGGCCCGCAUUGUGAAAGUGCAGCUUCCCGCCUAUCUGAAACGGCUCCCGGUUCCGGAGAGCAUUACGGGGUUCGCGCGGCUCACAGUUUCAGAAUGGCUUCGUUUAUUACCGUUCCUGGGUGUACUUGCACUGCUAGGAUACCUUGCAGUUCGUCCAUUCCUCCCCAAGAAAAAACAACAGAAAGACAGCUUGAUUAAUCUCAAGAUUCAGAAGGAAAAUCCAAAAGUAGUGAAUGAAAUAAACAUUGAAGAUUUGUGCCUUACUAAAGCUGCUUACUGCAGAUGUUGGAGAUCUAAGACGUUUCCUGCUUGUGAUGGGUCACAUAAUAAACACAAUGAAUUAACAGGAGAUAAUGUGGGUCCACUAAUAUUGAAGAAGAAAGAAGUAUGAGUGUUGGACUAAUUGCAUUCAUUUCUGAAGUGUAAACUCUUACUAUAUUGAAUUUUCCAUCAUUUGUGUCUACAAGUGCCUUUGAAUGGCCUAAAUGAUAUCUUCUGUAGUUUUAGUGAAUCUUGUUGAUUUGAUCAUUAUUUCUGCCAUGUAGUUUUCUUCCUAUACUUGUUUUGUAUUUGAUACUUUGUAUAUCUAGAAGAAUCAUAUUUAUGUAGGUCUUAAAAAUGGAACAAGCCUUUCUAUUAUAAAAUAAGAAUUGCUUUGUGUUACAGCAACAAAAUCAUACUCCUGAGCUUGAUUUUUAACAGAUUGUUAGUCCAAGAUUUCUGUAAUGCUCCUAAAAUUAUUUAUCUGUGAGUAAUUGUAUGUGAUAUCAUUGUUUUCAACAUACAGAACUCCUUUUAUUCUUGGCAGUGUAAAAUACUUAUUUUUCAAACACUUAUGUACUUUAAUUGAAAUUCUUUUUUUUUCAAUCUUUAUAUGAAUAAGAAAAUAUGUUGUAACUCAACAGGCAUCAAUUCAAUCCUCCCAUGACAGCUAUGUCAUAGGUAAAUGCUUUGCUAUAAGGAGAUUCUGGUGCAGUAGAAGCUCUAGUUUAGGAACUAAAGGAAACAGGAUUUAAAAAAUCCAAAUAACUUAAGGGGUUGUUAUCUGCAUUAAAACAAAGAUUCUUUGGUUUACAAAUGGAUCCCUCUAAGGAGAUUUUUUUUAAAUAAAAAUUUGUCUGAUAGUAUCAUGAGCCACUGAAGGUAGGCAGGGGCCAGAACUACUACUGUCUUAAAAAGAAUCAGGAAGAAACAUUUUAGGAUUAUUUUUUUUUAAUUGGAACUGUGGUUUUUGUGGAGAAACAUAAAAAAUCUAAAAUUAUAAUGUAAUAUCACAGGAAAGUGAUUAUAUGCUAAAGAAGUUGAUAGACAAUUUUAAAAAUAAAUUUUUAUUGGAGAAAUUACAAAAAGGGACUAUAACUUUAUUCAUUCUCUAUAAGGUUAGUAAUUUCUAUGUACCCUGGAUUAUUUAUUGUUUUAAAAGAGUAUCUGGCAAUAAAUGUUCAGUACAUUCAUUUCAUUUGAAAAUGCUAUCAACCAAGCAUAAAUUUUUUUUUUCAGGAGUGGUAAUAGGUUUGUGCUGAAUCACCCUCAUUUACUGUGACCCAAUGUGUGUGUUUAUGAAUUUAUAAUGGUGUUAUUUACAAGCAUUUAUUAUUUCUCCCUCCUUUCUCCACAAUUGAAUAUAACAUAUAUAAAGAGCAAAUAAAAAUAAAACUCUUGUAAUAAAUAGUUCAAGAAAACAAA